AUGUCAUUCAUCCCCCGCCAUGCCUUCCCUCCGAUCCCGUCGCUACCGCGAUCCUACUUCCUGGGUCACCAUAAAUCCGGGCUGCAGAAGAUGAAGUCUCUGCUCUCCUCUAUCGACCUAGUCAUUGAAUGCCGCGACUACCGUGUCCCCCUCACCUCGCGCAAUCCCCUCUUCGAAGAUGCUCUGGAAGGCAAAGAGAGAAUUGUUGUGUACACAAAAAGGGAUCUGGGUGGAGGGUCGCGCGACAACAAGAACGAACAAGUCAUUGCAAAAUGGCACUACCCUACCGCAACCAUGUUUGUGAGGAACGGAAAGGAAGCAGAGGGUGAGAUUAACGGAAAGAAGAGCGUAUACAAGCUAUUGGAUAUCCUGAGAGAACAUGCGCAGAAGAGGUGGAAGUUGGUUGGCCACCGGGUCAUGGUCGUCGGCAUGCCGAACGUUGGCAAGUCCACGCUCCUCAAUGCCCUUCGUGCGCAGGGUAUUGGCAAAGGUAAAGUUGCUGCUACAGGCGCUCAGCCAGGGGUUACACGCAAGGUUAGUAGCAGUGGUGUCAAGAUUAUACCCAGCGAGGAUGACAUGGUAUCAGCCGAUGCGGGGACGAAGAACAAACACCAAGGUGUUGGAGGGGGCGUCUAUCUGCUCGACACUCCCGGUGUUUUCAUUCCGUACGUUCCAGACGCUGAAGCCAUGAUGAAACUAGCACUCUGCGGUUCUGUCAAAGAUACCAUUAUCCCGCCCGUUAUGCUCGCAGAUUACCUACUAUACCACCUGAAUCUUCAAUCGCCAAAACUCUACGCGGAAUAUGCCACUGCCCCUACCAACGACAUCAUAGAGCUGCUGUCUGAGAUUGCGAGAAAAACAGGCAGGUUGGGCAAAGGCGGAGCUGUAGAUACGGAGGCGACGUCGUUAUGGAUGAUACAAAAGUGGAGGAAUGGAUUUCUCGGUCGGUUUCUGUUAGAUGAGAUAGAUGAGGGUCGUUUGGACAAGGCUAAAAUUGCUGAAGAAGGCGUUGCGCCUAGUUUCAACCAAGCAAAAAAGAUGGAGAGGGAGAGGAGGAGGGAGAGAAACAAAGCGAGAGGGGAAAAGUAA